UGAGAAUUGUUAUUAUAGCUGCUGCCUCGUUGAUCACUAAACACAACAACUACCGUCGAGCUCUUCUCUGUCGAAUUAGCGCUACAGACGAAGACAGCCUCACGUGCUUCCCAAUAAAGCUGCUCCUCUCUGGGGGGGGGGGGACGAGGCAGAGUAUUGUUUGCCGUUUACUAUUACUUGGCGCUUUACUGCUUCCCUCUUCCCCAAAUUGAGGCGCUGGUUUGGCGCCCCAAAUUCUAGGCGACGGCUGCUACCUCCUAAGAAACAUCCCGUCAUUUCUUCCGCGCACCACGGGUGCCUUGGAAGAGGUAAGGAAGCGGGAAGGCCGAGCUGAGAAGUCGCAGGACUUAAAGUGCUGGUGUUUUGCUUGCGUGGCAGCGCGCGCUCUUCCCCGUGGGAAAGCGCGCGCGGGUCGCGAACUGCGCUGGAGCACGCCCGGGACACCCACUCGCUAUCGACACGUGGACGGCCUGCGUAGCGGCUUGAAAAGGAGGACUGUUGCCCCUGAAGACCCAUGUCUGCCUUGCCUUCUUACGACUUGCCUCCUUGCAACUGUUUCGUCCAUGAUCUGAACACCCAAGUGGUCAUUUUUAGGCGGUAGGAUUUAGGUGGAUGAGGGGGGCGGGGAGAGCUCGAUUUUGUUUUCUUCCUCUUGAUGGGGCAGAAUGCAAGUCGGCAACCCCAAACGUGGGUUGGUUUCCACCCCCUUUUUUGAGAAUUCGCAUUAAAUUCAUUGCGUUCCACCCGGACUAGUUGAGGAUCGCCGCUUUCACGUGCUGUCGCGUCUCCCCUAUCCACGCAAGGCCGAACCCCAAGUCUUUGACCCACACACGUAAUCGUGUGUUACCUAAUUCCCUCGCUCGCUUGCGUAUUGGGCAACUGCUAGGGUAAAAAUCUUUGCAAUUGCUUUUAAUGCAUCGCUGAUCUCUGGCCCGGCAUCCAAACGGGAAGAGCGAAGAAGCCCUCGGGAUUUCACGUGCCUUCGGGCUGCCGAGGAAACAGGCAGCUCGCUGAGCGGCACCAACCACGCUCAAAAGCAGCGGCAGGAAAAGCAGCGACUGGGGAAAGGGGAGCCUCGCAGGAGCCGCGGCCAAUUCUGGGGCCACGCGACGGCGCGCUCCUUUGACAGGCUGGCUGGGAGUGGACGGGGAGAUGAAAUGAGGCGAAGUGUCCGGUAAAGGUUGCGAGCGCCUUUGGAGACCGCCGCGCCUCGCCCCCCCCUCCCCGCGUUUAUUCGUGGAGCGACGGGAUCCAAUGACCUAGAGCGCUCGUAAGCCAUGCGACCCGACGACAUCAACCCUCGGACUGGACUGGUGGUGGCUUUGGUUAGCGUCUUCUUGGUAUUCGGCUUCAUGUUCACCGUUUCCGGGAUCAAGGGCGAGACUUUGGGGGACAUCCCACUUUUGGCUAUUGGACCGGCCAUCUGCUUGCCCGGCAUCGCCGCUAUCGCCCUGACGAGGAAAACCGACGGCUGCACCAAAUGGCCCAACGUCGCUUAUCGCCCCCCGUGCGGCUGCUGCCGCAAGAAGCCCCAGGACAAAGAGGUCCUGGAAUUGCUGAGGACCCCCUCGGACCUGGAGUCCGGCAAGAGCAGCUGCGACGAGCUGGCCCUGAAAGCCUGCGACGGCCAGCUGGGCAAGGCGAACCCCCAGGGGGCCUGCGGGGAGGAAGAGUCACUCGCCACCCCCACCGCGCGGGACUGCGUGGGCCUGGACCCCAAAGUGGCUCAAGAGGAAAUGUUGAGGUACUUGGAGAAGUGCUAUCCGGAGAUGCCCGGCGGGAACAUCUUUGUGGCCGAGGCCUCCCCUUACAGUGCCUUACAGCAGCCGCGGCGGGAGUCCCUGGACCUCGAGGGGGCGGCCGCCGCCGCCGCCACCUGGCCGGCGGAGGACGAUCUGAGCGUCGUCCCCAGCCACAGCGUCAUCAUUUGCUCCUACACGGAAGGAAGCCCUUACGACAGGUACUGUUGUUAUAUAAACCCCACCGAAGACCUCACCUCGGAUCCCCAGGCGAUCGUUUGAACCGUCUUUGCCAGCGCUCCGACCUUGCUUUCUCUUUUCGAGUUGGCCCCGCGUUCAUUCAAACCGGGACAAACGAGACUGACGAUCAACCCAGCCGACUCUUUUUUCUCUCUUUCAAAUAACGAUAACGGUAGUAAUAACAUGAUAAUGUUGUAAUCAUAUUAGCUGGUUUUUGCACUGCAUGGGGCUAGCCGCCUAGCUCACCUAUUAACUUUAAAAUCUGGUAGGUGGAACUGAUACGCGAACCUUUGGUGCCUGAAAUACUUUUCGUUUUCUUUUCAAUGCAAGUAAUAAUGGCUUGUUCAAGGAGAAUCGGUCUUUGGCAUGGUGAGUUCUAAGCAGCGAGGCUUCCUUUGUUUUCUUAUACAGUACUGGGCUAAAGAAAUGGGGUUGAGAAUUCCCCAGCAUUUGCCAAGUUCAACGUUUAAUAGGAAAUGGACUGGGUGCUGUUAUUAAUGUCUGUGGAGAUUCUCAGUCAUUCAGGUCGUGGUUGUCCCAAAGGUGCUUUUUCAAAAGGCAAUUGGAUUUUUUUUUUU